AUGUCAAUAUCACGCAAUAUUCUUUUAUGUACAGUUUGUCAAUCGUUAUUUCAUGAUGCUAGACAAUUACGAUGUGGUCAUUCAUUUUGUUAUAAAUGUAUAAUAUCACAAUUCGAUACUACGUCAAAUAGAAUUGUUUGUUCACGAUGCACACGUAUUCAUCAAUAUGAUUCAUUUUCACAUUUUGAAACGAGUUUAAUCGUCGAUGCUUUUCUUAUGUCAUUGGUAACUGAACAUCGGCGUAAAAAUAAUAUUCAAUCAACACCAUUAUUAGCAUUUACACUUGAACAAAUUCUUGAGCGAAGUCCAGCUCCAUUUCUUAUUGCAAAAUGUGCUGAAUGUACAUUGCGAAAAGAACUCGUUGUCUGUCCUGAAUGUGAACAAGUCAUUUGUUUUGAAUGUAUUUCUCAGCAUCAAUUGAUUGUAAAUAAUAAUGUUCAAGAAAAUUGGACGAAAUGUAAAGAUAUGUGGAAUUUUAUGUAUAAAAAAUCGAUGUUAUUCGAUGAACAACAAUUUGAUCUUGAAUCUCAUAUGUAUGAAUUAAAAUCUCGUAUUGAAAAGCGUUCAAAUUUUCUUUUGGAAACGAUUGAAAAAUGUCGACAUAUAUAUCAAAAUAAAAUUACUCAAUAUUCAGAGACAUAUAAUACUAUUCGUCAAGAAAUAACAACACAAUUUCAAUGUAUUGAUCAAAAUAUUCAAUUAUUUCUGAAUUCAAAAGAUCCAGAUCCGAUUAAAGCUGAACAAAUUCUUAAAGAAAUAAAUGUUUUUAAAACUAAACUACGUCAACGAUCUAAACAAACUGAUGAAUAUGCACAUAAAUUACCAAUUUAUUCAGUAUCAGAUUUUGAUUCAUCACUACUCGGAACAGUUUCUAUUGAAACAUCUCUUGAACAUCUUAAACUCAUAAAUGAUGAUGAUGAUAAUCGUCAUGAAAGUUAUAUUCAAGAAGAAGAGGAAGAAAUAAAUGAUAAUGAAAGUGUAAGUUCAGAUGAAGCUCAACAAAUACCAGAUGAAAAAGUUCACGAAGAACAAGUAAAAGAAUGUGAGAAUUCAUCACAAGUUCCAACAUUAGAAAAUAUUCCAGUUAAAAAACUUUUAUGGUCUUUACAUUUUAAAUUUGUACCACAAUAUAUUGCACUUUAUCGACAAUCGAUUUUAUUUGCAUCAGAUCGUUGGGGAUUCGUUAGUACAUGGGCUUAUACAAAUGCACGUACCAAACCUGUACCUAAAAAAUCAUUUGUUCUCUUUCCACAAUUUCGUGUUGGUACUUGGUCUCGUGUCUAUGUCGAAUCAUUCAGUGUCUAUAAACCAUAUAUAUGUGUGUUUGUUAAAGGAUCUGAUGAAUCACUUUCUAAUUUUAUUGCUUUUUUUACUCAUGCUGGACAAUUACAACUGAAAGUUGAAUAUGAUCAUCGAUAUACACUUCGUCAAUUAGUUUGUGAUGAAAGUUCAAAAGGAAAUUGUAUAUGGGCUGUCGAUCGAGGCAUGCAUUGUAUUUAUAAACAUGAUUUACCACGAACCAAUAAAGAAAUUCCAACAUUUUUAGCUACACAUAAAACGACAACACGUUUAAAUGAUCGAAGUUGUGAUGUCAUUCGUAUGGCAGUUAAUCAAAAUAUUCUCGCAUUACUCGAUUCUCGAACACAAAUAGUAACAUUUUAUGACAAAAUAACUCAAAAAGAAAUUGGUGUAUAUUCAGCCGAAUGUUUACCAACCGGUGAGAAUAAAUUAUGGCGUGUUGAAAUAUUUCCUGAUAAUAGUCUUCUCUUACGUUUUGAUGAUAAUGAACGUACUGGUGAUCGUUCACAAGUUAUUCAUCAUAUUGUUGUACAUGUUAAAAAAAAUGAAUCAAAUGGUAAAUAUGAACCAAUAUCACAAAUUCAAGCAACUAAUGUUUAUGGUUUUGCAAUUGGUCCUAAUUCAGAAGUUAUUGCUGGUUUAAGAAAAUCAAAUUGUUUCGAAGGUCUCAUUACUUGUUAUGUUUGA